AUGUUCACUUCUAUUGAAUUUGAUAACUUUACUAUUAAAAUAAUAGACCAGUUGAAAUUACCUAAUGAGCUGUCUUAUUUGCAAAUCACUUCAAUUGCUCAAGCCUGGCUGGCUAUUAACAGGAUGAAUAUUAGAGGCGCACCUGCAUUAGCUUCUUUGGCCACUCUGUCUAUAGCGCAGAAGGUGCACAAUACACAGUACGCAGACAUACAUGCACUUAAGGCAGAUAUCAAAGAAGCGUGCGACUACCUCUACACAUCCAGACCCACCGCCGUCAACCUCGGCAUUGCACUCGAUCAAGUGAGGCAAUCUGCCGAAAUAGAUGCGGACGACCUGAACACACUCAAGCAAUCUAUCAUCGACCAAUCUAUCCUCAUCUGGUCUGAGGAUGUUGAAAGAAACAAGAAAAUGUCUGACAAUGGCGCAAAUUGGCUCAUCAACCACUUAGAGUCGACAAACAAGAUUGAAAAAGGUAGCAAACUAUCCAUCCUUACUGUAUGCAACACUGGCUCACUAGCUACCUCCGGCUAUGGAACUGCUUUCGGCAUGAUCACACGUCUCCACGAGAUGGGUAGACUAGAAAGAGCGUACUAUGCCCAAACGACUCCUUACCACCAAGGUACUAGACUGACAGCUUUCGAAUUCACCCAGCUGGGUAUUCCAAGUUGUUUAGUUUGUGACACUGCUAUCGGAUCACUCAUCUCCAACGGUCACGUGCACGCUGUGACUGUUGGUGCUGACAGAAUAGCCUUGAAUGGGGACACAGCCAACAAAAUCGGGACUAUGCAGUCUGCUCUAUUCGCCAAGACAUUCGAUAUUCCUUUCAGUGUCGUUGCCCCACGUGCUUCUGUCGACCGUAGCCUCCACGACGGGAAAGGUAUCCCGAUCGAAUUGCGAGGGGCGAAAGAGGCAGUGACGGUGCGCGGGUUGGAUACGGAAAGUGGUCACCAAGCAAGUGUGCGUAUGGCUCCAAAAGAGGUCGGUGAAAGUGAUCUGCAUCAGGUUUAUAACCCUGGUUUCGACGUCACUCCCGCUAAUCUCAUCUCCGCCGUCGUGUUAGAGACGGGUGUAGCUGUGAACCGUGGUGAGAAUGUAGAUGUUCAGUCGUUGCUAUAG